AUGGGAAAAAUCAAUUCCCUUUCCUUUUCAUUCCUAGCAAUAACAUGUGCUUUCUUGCUUCACUUUCAAUACAUAGUUCUUGCUCAAGAACAUGUAGCAUCUUCAGAAAGUGAAGCACUAGGCCUAACACCAGAAUCUAAAAGAGAAACACUAGAAAUCAUCAUAGGCGGCGGAGGCGGAGGCGGAGGAGGCGCGUAUUCUCCUGCUCCUGCUCCUUCCCCAGAAAAUGACUGCCCUCCACCUCCACCUCCGCCGUGUCCCCCUACCCGAAUAGAAAAAGCCCGCGCCGCACUUCUCAAAUUCAAAACACUUAUCAGUGACCCCACAAACUACACUGGCAACUGGAACAAGAACACAGAUACUUGCCAAUUCCAUGGAAUCCUUUGUGGAACAUUCCCAAUUGAUAAGCAACUAGCAGUUGCUGGAUUAGACUUCAACCAAGCAAAAUUCGCAAGUAAAGACUGUAAAACUAUACCACUCACAGGCUUCACAGGUAUAUUAGACAAAUUAGAAGAAUUAACCUUCUUCCAUGUCAAUUCUAACAAUUUCUCUAAUCAAAUCCCAGAAGUAAUCACUAGAUACCCUUAUUUCUACGAACUUGACCUCAGUAACAACAAACUUUCCGGUCCGUUUCCGAAGGAAGUUCUUCUAUCUACAAGACUAGUUUUCCUAGACCUCAGGUUUAACUUCCUCACCGGUUCCGUUCCAUCGCAGUUAUUCGAGAAAGAUCUCGACGUAAUCUUCAUCAACAACAACCAGUUUAGUCAAUGUUUACCUGCCAAUUUUGGUUCUACUCCAGCAAGGUAUCUAACUUUCGCACACAAUCAAUUCGUGGGCGAGAUUCCUAGAAGUAUCGGUAACGCUUCGAAAACUUUAACUGAAGUUCUUUUCUUACAGAAUAAAUUUGAAGGUUGUUUACCUUAUGAGAUUGGUUAUUUGAAAAAAGCUACUGUUUUUGAUGUUAGUGAAAAUCUGUUAACUGGUCCUAUUCCUGCUUCGUUUGGUUGUUUAGACAAGAUUCAGUUUCUGAAUUUGGCACAUAACAAAUUCUACGGAACUGUUCCAGAGAGUGUUUGUGUUUUACCUGGUAUACGGAAUAAUGGGAAUUUGUCUCUGUCUGAUAAUUACUUUACUGCUCUUGAACCGUCGUGUUGGAGCUUGUUAAAGUCGAAGAUAUUGGAUGUUAGUAGGAAUUGCAUUCCAGGACUUCCGAAUCAAAAAUCGAAGCAAGAGUGUUAUGCCUUUCAAUGUAAGGUGAAGCCUUGUCCGAAUCCGCAGAGUCUGAAAUAUGUGCCUUGUAAAACACAUUGGGGACAGAAACAGAACACUGCCCAGGAAAUGGCUACUGAGCCAGUUACUUAUAAGUCUCUCAAACCACAUAGGUUGAGAAUGUGA